AUGGCUAGGAGCUUGUGCCGGAAAAUCGUGAUUGAUACUGUAAGAAGAUACCUGGAAAUAUUGUGGGUGGAAGAAAUAGCAUUGAAGGAAAAGCGAUCUGAAGAGUCAGGGGGAUGUACAACCUAUCUAGAAAGUGAAGAAACCUAUUUAGACACCGAUGAUGACUGUUCCUUCGACCAAGGAUGGAGAUCAAACCUACAGACCCGAAUACGAUGUCCUCUACAGUGCAAGUGCACAUCCACCUACGUCAACUGUUCUGGUGCUGGAUUACGAACCAUCCCUCCUGCCCAGGACUUUCCACCAGACACCAUCACCAUGGAUCUCUCAAGAAACCAGUUGACUUUGCUUCACUCAAAAGACUUUAUUGGACUCCAGAACAUAAGGAACCUGUAUCUAAGUCACAACCAGAUUUGGAUAAUUGAUGAAUUAUGGGAUGUAUCCCUGCCUGAGCUGCAGACGUUGGAUCUGUCUGGCAAUCGUGUGCCAUGUGGUUGUCCCUUGAACCGUUUCGUUUCCCAUUUGGCAGCAGGAGUGAAACUAGUCAUGGACCCAGAGACAGAACAUUGCCUUCAUGAUACCAGUAUUCCUCUACUUCCCUGUGCAGAUAAAUAUGUGUCAUGUUUGAGAGGACCCUCUGACUCUGCUGUGCAUUACUCUAUUGUGACUCCGACCUCUCUCUCCAUGGAAGCCUGCCUCGCUCUUUGCUUUAGUCAUGGUUACUCAUAUUACAGUAGAGACGAUAUACAGCGAUGUCUUUGUGGCUCUGUGUCAUCACAAGUCAAUGGCUCCUGUGUGGGAAUAUGUUCAAGAAGUGGAGAAAGAAACACGUGUAAUAAAACUAUCAUACAAGAGCCGCGGUCUGUCCAGGUGGCAGUCUCCCUGUCAACCUAUUCUCACUACUCUGUGUUUCAACCUUCUGGGUUUCAUGCAGAGGCUUCUGCUCCUGUCCAGCAGUUCGUGUGGGAAUUCAAAGAUGGAAGUAAACCUGUCACCACUGCUGGCGGAGAUGUCACUCAUAAGUACAGUCUGCCAGGGCAAUAUAGAGUAAAAGUGAAAGCAGAAGGCCAGGAACCUGCAGCAGAACGCCUGGUCAGUGUGACAGUACCUGUAGAUACAGCGGAACUCCAAUGCCCAAUGAUGGCCCAAACAGGACAAAGCCUGGAGGUCUGGUUGAAGGUCAAGCAGGGAACCCACAUCCGGGCAGUUUAUGGGGUUCACCGACAAGAUGGCCAGCAUCUGACAGAUGAAUCAUCCUGCCCUCGCGGAGGCAGAAUUUUCCUCGGUGACCUGCACUGCUAUUGGUUGAGUCAUGUAAGAGAGUCCCUAAUUUCUGCCCGCAGUCGUUGUUCUGCAGUCCCUGGAGGUCAUCUUGCGUACAUAACCUCAAUGGACCAACUAACUUUUAUACAGGAAUCUUUUUCUGGGCACCUCUCAGUGUGGAUCACCAUGUCGGAGUCUUUGAGAAAAGAGGACAGGAUUUCCUUGGUUGUGCCUACUUCAGGUGACCAGAAAGAACAGGAGGAGUGUAUACUUUUGCCAUUAAUACCUGGGGAAAUCUAUCAGAAGAGUUCAUGCAUGGAGAAGGCCGCAUUUUUGUGUCAAUGCCAAGCAGGAGCCCACCUUCCUGAUGCCCCCGUGUACUUGGUAGGGGUCCCUGUUUUCGAUGAGGCUGACACAAGAAAUACCACAUUAUCCACUUUACAUGAAGACCUUGAAAGUAACAUUGAAGUGAUGCUGUUUCCUGGUCUUUGGUUCAGCCAUUCUGGAUUUCCUUUGUCUCUUGAAUUGGGAAUCCAGCCCCUUCAACAUGAAUACCAGGCUCGAGUCCAGAUCCUACGGCCAUUUUGUAGUCCAGAACAACAUUUGGUUCCCCCUGGUUGUGUACUCCAGCAGUCUCCUUUUGCUACCUGCCAUCCGCAUCCACUAUGUAACACUACUGGGGCCUGUCAAAGUGGCAAACAGUGGUGCCCACUUACCGAAAGCUGUUUGAGUCCUGACCAUCCCUGCAGUACUUAUACCUCUGAGGGCUACAUAAACCCACCUCGAUAUGUUGGAACUCCCCCACUUUACUCACCAGUCGCGGACAUCCCUUUGCUUCUUUCAACUAGCAGUAAACGGCAAAAUAUCCAAGUCCUGCUAUCUGAACUGUCUUACUCUGUGCACCCUGACGACAUUCUGUCAAUGCAGCACACAGGAGUCAAGGGGUCUUUCUUACAUUGCUCCUCUAGUUCUGAUUCACUCUGGCGGCAAAGUUACAUUACCAUGUCACAUGGAGGAUGGCUAAAAGAGUCGAUUCGUAUAGAUUCUGUCAGCUGGGUCGAUGAUGUGGUGUGUGACCUCCAUGUCAUGUAUGGCUCAGAAGCACACAGCCUCGUGGUCUCGCCUUUGUUAUGGGGUCUUCAGGAAGCUGGAACAUAUACUGUCAGUGCCAUCCUGACCAAUGUGGUUAGUUCGACUACAGCCACUUGUAAAGUGAAUAUUGCGAGUCCUAUCACUGAUGUGCAGAUUGUUCACCCUAUGCCUUGCAAUGGCUCUUUACAUCUGCUGACCCAGGUGGUUAAUCUGGUUGUUAUCAGCGCUUGUAGUACAAGCGUUGUUCACGUUCAUUGGUUAACAGCCAUGCAGAGUGGAGAAUCCAUUAUGCAGCAAGAAUGUCCUUCAACUAUCGCAUCCUCCUUGCCAAUUUGCACCACCCAUUCCAAGGAUGUGAAAUUUUCUGGCAUGUCGUUGCAUUUUAAUAAUCCACAGAGCACCUUACUUUCCAUCCAGUUGACUGGUGAAGUCAAUGUCAAAAGUAUUAUCGUGGAAGUCCAGGCUCAUGAUGCCAUCCAGGGGCUUCGAAUUCACAUUGAUGGAUCUAAUCACAUACAGUUACACCAGACUCAGACUUUCACAGCUGAACUGUCUCAUGGCUCAUCUGCUACCUUUACAUGGACAAUGGAUAAUAAUAAAGAGUCUUCAUUCAAGGGUCCAAGCUACACUGUGACAUUCAGAACUCCAGGAGAUUAUCACCUGAAGGUUGUUGCUGAGAACCCGGUUAGUUCUCAGGAGGCGGCCAGCAUGCUUCAUGUAGAUGGGAUCCUUCCUCCGCUCCAUGCCGAACUUUUUGGGUUUUCUACUUUGCUGCUUGCGGCUAAGACUCAUGAAAUGUCUUUAAAGAUACAACUGGAAAGGUCAUCUAAUGUGACUAUCAGCUGGAACUUUGGAGAUGGCGGCCCCCUGCUCAACAGAAGCUUUUCUCCUCCGUAUGAUCCCCAGUAUCUGCAAAACCCACAUGAGCCAUUGGUCUCUUUAAACAGAACAGAAAGACAUAUAUAUGCCCAACCUGGAAAUUAUCAAGUUAAAGUGACAGCAUUUCAAGGUGGAUCUGAAGUCACCUGCAUAGCGCAGUUACAGGUUAUUUCUCCACUGACAUCCUUGAACCUUGAAGUUGAUGGGUCAUCUUUAGGACUGCAUACAGCUGCAUUAUUUUCCGCAUUAUGUCGCCCUUCAUCGUUUGCUGUGUCCUUCACUUGGGACUUUGGUGAUGAAUCUGGAGUCAUCCAAAGCAGAGAUCAGCAAAUAACACACGUCUAUACAUCAAUUGGUAUCUACAAGAUCACAGUCACUGCAAGUAAUGAGCUGAGCCACAUCAAUGACACCUUGAUAGUCACCAUAGAAGAACGGAUCAAUGGCUUACAAGUAUGGGGCAAUAGUCCUACUGAGCUUGGUGCAAAAAUCCCAGUUUUCUGCUCAGUAACCCAGGGCACUAACAUUAUUUGGACCUUCGAUAUGGGAGAUGGCAAAGUCUACAUUAACCAGUCGGAGGCAUCAGUAAACCAUCGAUACAGCCAGCAGGGUAAUUUUAGUAUUGAGGUAAUUGCUAGAAAUGCUCUAAGCUUGGCCAGGAAAUCAGUCAUUGUACAAAUAUACAGAAUACAAGUCACCAAUGUUCUUCCUGAAAUUACCUCCAGCCAAAUAUCUACAAAAUUUACUGCAAAGCUCUCCAUGCCAACCAAAUUGCAAAUAUUUCACUGGGAGUUUGGAGAUGGCACGCCAUCCAUUCUCACUCAAGGGAUGGAAGUUGUGUGGCACACCUAUAGUUCUGCUGGUAAUUACACAAUUAAAUUGCUUACCUCUGGAGAUACUGAGAGCAAUUUUUACAGAAAAGUAAUAACUGUUGAAGAUAGAAUCAUCAAUAUAACCAUUAAUUCAUCACCCAUAGCUGCAAAUGUAUCCCAGCCUGUCUUCUUCCAUGCACUGGUGCAACCUCUGCCUGACCUCCAGCACCAUUACUGGUACCUUUGGGAUUUUGGUCAAGGAAUCCUGCCUAUAAACACUUCAUCUUCAGAGGUCACCUGGGCAUAUAUGUUUGAAGGUCACUACAAUGCGACGGUCACAGUCUGGAACCAAGUGAGCCAACAUCGAGCAUGGUGUUUUGUCACUGUGCAGCAACCAAUUGUUUCCUUGUUUAUAGAGCACAAUGGUGGAGCUAUAAUCCCUUGUGGUGUUGAGAAGAUGUUCAUGGCUAGGGUUACACCAGAGAUGACAGCUCAGUUUUCCUGGAAUUUUGGGGAUUCCUCCCCUGCUUUCUAUGGACAAAAUGUUACACACACUUUCCAGGUCUCUGGAAACCUAACAGUUAGUCUCUAUGCACAAAAUAAUGUGAGUCAUUAUGAAGCCACCUACUCAUUGUAUAUACAAGCCCCAAUCAAAGACCUUUCACUGACUCCUGAUAUCAUGCUGGCAAACUCUAAGCAAACUGUUAAUUUUUAUGCUGUGUUGUCUAGCGGUGACGAUGUGCAAUAUUUCUGGUCAAUGUGUGAGUCCUGUCCAUAUCUAAGUGGAACAUCAAACAUAUCUCACACAUUUUUCUAUCCUGGUAGAUAUAUGGUUAGGGUACAAGCUAAGAAUACAGUAAGCUCUGCUUAUGCUUUUUUCAUCAUAGAUGUUCAAGAGCAAGUGCAAGGUGUAAGAAUAUGCCAAGAGAAUGUCCAAGUUGAUGGAUAUGCUGGCAUUGGUGAACCUCUCACUCUUACAGCUCUUGUGGUCAGUGGAUCCAACCUUACCUUCCAUUGGGUAUUGAUGCCAGGAGCAUUAGAAAGUCAAAACUCCUCCAUCAGUUUCCGUCCAUUAGAACUAGGGGACUUGUUGGCAGAGGUUUGGGUAGAGAAUUCAUUAGGAAGAGCGUAUGCACAAUCUCAGGUGAAAAUCAUACAGAGAGUAAGUGGCCUCAGGCUACAAAAACCUAUUUGCAGUGUGGCCGUUGGGAUGUCUUUGAAUUUGACUGUUCAUGUUCAAUCCGGCACCGAAAUGCGUUAUAGGUGGGAUCUUGGGGAAGGAGCAUCUUUGCAAAAUGGCCAAAAUAGGUUAGUGACUUUAAGUUAUCUCACACAUGGAUUGAAGGUCAUUACGGUUAUGGUGUCCAAUGCUUUGAGUUCUGAGUCUGCAUCAACAAAGUUGAUAGUACAAGAAUCUAUGUCCAAUAUUAGUAUUGUCAUCAAUGGGAUGCAUAACCUGACAGCAGUACCAUCAUGUAAAUCAGUUUUAUUAUGUGGCAUAGCAGAACGCGGCACAGAGCUUAUGUGGGAAUGGAGGGUGUCAGGAUUGAAUGAAAAAUUCACAUAUAGCACACAAAAUGUGUCUCAUGUCUUUAAGGAACCUAGUGAGUAUGUGGUGUCACUUAAAGUCUAUAACUCGGUGAGUAAGGCCACUAUCUCCCAUAAACUUUUUGUGCAAGAUGCAGUAACUGGUUUUCAAGUCAAUACAGGAAACAGUAAUGUCUGUAUUGGACAAGAGGUUACAUUUUGUCCAAGUAUCCAGUAUGGCACAGAUGUGACCUUCAUGCUCACUGUUCCUCAACUGAAUUUGACUCAAGUUCUUAAUACAACAUGCGUUCAAUUGAGCUUCCCUCUUCCUGGCAUUUAUGAAGUUUUGUCAUCUGCCUAUAACCAGGUCGGUCUGGCCAAUUAUACACUUCACAUAAAAGUCUUGGAGACUAUUAAAGAUCUAAAGAUCCAUGAUCUUCCCUCUGCCUGGCCAGUCAAGAAGACCAUGUAUUUACUUGCAGAAGUAAAAUCUGAUUAUCUCCCCAGUUUUCAAUGGUAUUUCCAACAAGACAAUCAACCUGGACUUACAGAGAGAAGGCAAAGGGUAGAAUUUACUCCACUUGAACCAGGAAUGCUUCACAUCAACCUUAAUGCCAGCAACCAUGUAUGUUUCUCCUUAAUGCAAUCUCUGGUCAUUGUACAGGAACCAGUGACUGGUGUUUCUCUGGAGAUUAGUAGUGAAGAAGUGUUCUUGCAUCAGUGUGUCAUAUUUAUGGCAGUCGUAUUCGAUGGCUCCGACUUACAUUUCCAAUGGAUAUUUGACGACACAAAUAUCACAGGUGUGGCAAACUCAGUAGAGUAUUGCUACAAUGACAUGGGGGAGUUUGAAACUAAAGUGACUGUGUUCAACCUGGUGAGUGUGGUUCAUGCAUACAAAAGAGUAAGUGUAAGGACAGUUGAUUGUGAACAACCACUUGCCUGGCUGGUGGACUCACCAUCAGUAAUGUACCGGGCCGAUGAUGGUAAUUUUGAGGCUGUUGUGGACCUAAGAGACUGUUAUAAAUAUAAAGUUAUAUACCAGUGGCAGGUGUACAGAAGAUCAGAUAACCAGACAAUAAACCUUUCAAACAUAGACAUAUCCAACUCUCUGCUGACCAUCCCUGGACACUCACUGAAUAUUGGGAUCUACUGUCUACUUUUUACAGUCACUCUUAAAGGAACUCCACUAUCAAAUAAUGUUACACAUAUAUUUGAAGUAAUUCAUAGUUUGUUAGUGGCCAAGAUACAUGGAGGAUCAAAAGUCAUCUGGCCAGUGGAAACCGACUUGACUCUGGAUGGCUCACAAUCCUAUGAUCCAGAUCAUGAUGAUCCUGAGAUGGAGUAUGAGUGGAGCUCAGAAUCUGUGGACAAUGAGGACCAGGCCUGCUUUCUGAGUUCUUUGCCCAGUCUUCCAAAAAUUACAAUUACUUGGUCUAAACUAUGCGCCAAUAUUUCAUACAACUUUACACUAACUGUUCAGAAACCUGGAAGAGCCACAAUGAUAGCCAGACAGACAGUUUUGGUUCACAAGGGUUCUGUGUUCCCAGUUUAUAUCCGGUGCAUCUCCUGUGAUUUAUCAUCCUCAACUUCUAUCAGCAAUAGGACUCCUGUGAUUCUGUAUGGAGAAUGUGGCAGCUGUUAUAAUGACACGUUGUUUAGAUGGAGUGCUGUGGACUCUCAUGGGAAUCCUCUGACCCUGAACGAGCAUACAACUACUAUUGGCUCCUUACAGCAUCGUCUUAUCAUUCAAGAAGGGGCUUUACAGGACAAUCAUGGCAUUGGCUAUACAUUCAUCCUUCAUGUUAUUCAGCACAUGGGACCAGGAUGGGGUGAAGCGAGCAUUACGUUAACGCCAAAUCAUCCGCCUACUGGGGGCCAAUGCUCACUGCUUCCCUGGAGUACUAUACUGUGGCAGGAGACCCCUCUGAAAUAUAACUGUCUAGGAUGGAAGGAUCCAGAUAUGGGCACCCAGUUGUUUUACCUCCUGUCAGUACACAUCUGCUCAUUCACAAUUUGUCAAAAACUGUACUUAUAUCGAGGAUUGAAGAGCUCGCACAGCGUACGGGUUCCUGCAGCAGUCGAGGUUGGAUAUAUUCAUGUAUAUAUAGAAGUAGAAGACAUGCAGGGAGAUCGGACAUUGGCAUUAAAUCGCUCUCUGUCAGUUUCUGUACCCUUCUUCUCCGAAGGAAUCUCAAUGGCACAGUGGUUGAGGAAUCACAGUGACUCCAUGUUAGAACACAUUGAGGUAGUAGGAGACUCUCCCUUAUUGCUCCAGCUUGCCCUGGAAAUGGUUUUGACCAUGAAACUGGACAAUAACCUGACAGAGGAAGAGCACAAGUAUCGUGUCUACGUACAUAACAGAGUUAUCGAUGCAUUGUCCUCUCAUAGUGUCUCUAGUCCAUGGGAAGUAGCAGCUUUCAGUGCCGCUCUGACGCAGUGUGUGGACCAUCAAUCUGAGCUGGAUACAGAAGUGCUUCUCAAGGUCCUCAACUUCACUGAGAAAAUGUUCCAUGUGCUGAAUACAGAAAGCAACAAGGGAAGAAGAGUUGAGAAUGAUGUUCAAGAAAAUAUUCUCACUGUGCUAGGCAGUUUUAUGAAAGUCCCAUAUUCUGAUGCUUUUUCUCUUCAUGCUUUUAACCUGACCCGGGAUUUUACAAUAAUGCUUGGCAAAUCAUACAUGGCUGGAGAAGAACCUUUGUUAAUUAAUGUUCCUGGACUUAAAAUACAAGCAACAAAAGUUCACCCAGAGCAACUCCUGUACUCCUCGUCAUCCUCCUGCUGCCAAAUACCCAAAUUCCAAGCUCUUCCAGGUACUUUGCUGGACCACCAUGAGCUUCUACAACUGUCUAUAGAGCUGGACCACAACCCAUUUCCUGGUGGACUUUUUCCGAAUAUUCCUAUGACCUCCCAGUUGGUGGCUUUGGAAUUCACAUCGCCACAUGGAGACACAGUACCAGUAAAAGACCUGCCAGCAGAUGCGACCAUUCAGUUGAGGAUGCCUGUAAAGAAAAAAGUUGUCUUGAGCCCUAUAUCAGUAUUCUUACCACCAAGAGGUUCUGCCAAAUUUACAGUAACUGUAGAAGAGAGGACACCUAGAUCUGCAGGAGUGCAUCUGUAUAUUAUGGUCACCAUAAUGAAUGGUUCGGAUUGGUCUCAUGAAGAGGCUCCAGAGUUACUAAUUUCAUAUGGACCCAUUAAUUCUUCUAAUGAAUCUAACACUCAGAUGAGACACGUCUUUCAGUUAACUCUUGGACAAGAAGUGGAACAACAUCUAAGCCUUCUGCUUCCAAGUUCAUGGAGCCGGCCAAAACCAGUGCUUGAGUACCAAGUAAAUAUCAUCAGCCUGCUUUCUAUCUGCCCAGUCACUAUGUCUGUCAGCCUCUUCUCAAGCCUCUGCCAAUACUUCCAUAUGCCCAGCCAGACAUGGAGGACAGACGGAGUGACUCCGAGUAAUGCUAGCCUACCUCAUGAGGCUGUUUGCCAAACCAACCACCUUACGCUAUUUGGAGCUAGUGUGUUUGUGCCUCCACAUCAACUUAUUUUGCUUCCUCCUGCUCCUCGACAGUGGACCCUCGUACUGCUGUGUUGUUUAGGGCUCCUUUCUCUGUAUCUGCUGCUGGUCCUUAUUUCUCACAAGUUGGACCAUCUGGAUGUAUUACGAGUAGGAACCAUUCCUUUGUGUGGUCCAGCAGGUCAAUACAGGUAUUGGGUCCUGGUGAAGACAGGCUGGAGAAGAGGGGCAGGUACAACGGCACACGUUGGAAUUUGUCUAUAUGGAGUGACCAAAAGUGGAGCCCGCCAACUACAUAGCAGAGAAGGCUUUACUACUGGGAAUCUGGACAUGUUUCAGGUUGAAACUGAUUGUAACUUAGGAGAAAUCUGGAAGAUACGUGUGUGGCAUGACAAUACUGGAUUGGAUCCCUCCUGGUUCUUACAGUAUGUGGCUGUGUGGGACAAGCAGACAGAUUUCCUUUAUUUCUUUGUGGUGAAUGACUGGCUGUCUGUAGACAAUGAACGGAAUGGGGGAAGAGUGGAAAAAGAGAUUCUAGCCACAUGUCCUCAGGAGCUCUCCAGUUUUUCACAAGUGUUUCCAGCACAACUAGCGCUUGGCUUGACAGACUGGCACCUCUGGUUGUCUGUGUGGUGGAGACCUGCCCGCAGCCGCUUUACACGUCUCCAGAGGCUAACUUGUUGCGCACUGACGUUUCAUCUUUACAUGACAGCUUGCGCCCUGUGGUAUGGGGCCGUUGGAGUUCAAGGAGAAAGCUUGCCUUUAGGAUUCCAGUCCCUGGUUACCUGGCAGAGUGCAUGUGUUGGGAUCCUUACGUCUGUUAUGGUUCUUCCAGCACAGCUUCUCUUCUCAUUCCUUUUCAGAGGAACCCGUAGUUUGGUAUUUGUAGAAGAUUUGGUUACUUCUACUUCAGCCACAGAGGAGGAAGCAGAUAUGGAUUCAUCAUCAAUAUUAUCCAUUCCCGGAAGAGCCGAUUCUUUGGCAGAUAUCAGUUCUCUCAGCUGUAGGUCCAUAACAAGCAGCAAAUUUACCUUUGACCUUGGUAAGGAUGAAUUCUGGCAUCUGGAGAGUUCAGCUCCCAUCUGGAUGUCCUCUUGUGAUAGUUUGUAUGACGUCCGGUAUGAUAUUCCAUUAGAGUCAAGAUUUAGCAUCACUCAACCAUUGUGUAAAGAGAAGAGGAAUGAUCUUGCUGGCAUACAAUCCUCCUGCAGCUCUGGUGAUGACCGCUUAUCCCUAUCGGAGAGGUCCAACUACAGUCCACACUUCACUCUUUCAGAAGAGAAUUUACUCCAAUCUAUUGUUGGUAAAACUUGGAAAUCAAGCGAAUCAGAUAGCGGCAGGUUUUCACCUCGUCCAGAUCGAGGAUCACCCAGUACUGAAAGCGGUUGCAGCCACAUGUCUGAAAAUACAUCUACCUGUGUGACUGGGUGUUGGUCUGUGAAUGACCUGUAUGUACCUAAGAGGGGAUCGGUUUCUUCCUCUUCGGUUUCUGAUAUAACCAGCAAUGACUCUGAGCUCCAAGACUGCUGGGACAUCUCUUCUCCAUCCCCCUCGCCCUUUAACACACGCAUUGGUGUUCGCUGGAAGCCUCUCGGAUGGCUCUUUCCUUCCAGGAUGCUGUGGGUGGUUUACGUGGUGUCACUCGUGAUAAUAGCUGGCUGUGUUGUGAUCACAGUUCUAUACGUGUCGUCACUUGCAGAACAUGGCUUCUUAGUAUGGGUUAUCUCUUGCACAUGUGCAGUGCUCACAUCCGCUCUACUACUGGAGCCUCUUAGGGUCAUGUUGCUGGCACUUUACUAUGCACUACGUUGCCCACCAGUUCUCAGUGAAGGACUGGGGUUGGUGGAGGAGCCACUUGUUAAGAAGAUAUCGGAUCACUGUAACAAGGUUCGAGCUCCAGGAGGUUUCAGCCUCCUCCAGGCAAAAGAGCAGGCGAGGAGAGUUCGUGCACUUAAGACCAUGAUCAAGAGUUGCACAGGUUACAUGAUUUUCCUAAUUCUGGUGCUAAUGAUGAAUUUUCAAAGUACUUUUCAUGACAACAAUAUCAGAUUGCUCCACUCAACCAUUAAAAGAUCUAUUAACCGGACCACUGGUGCGGAGGUCAGCUUUACUACAAUACACAGUGUUUCUGAUCUCUGGCAAUGGCUAGAAAGUGUGUUACCUGCUCACCUUUACAAUGAUCCUCGAUUGACCUUGCUGGGAUCUCCACGUCUAUGCCAGUAUGAUUCUGGUUUGUUUUCCACCUUACAACCUCAGUCUGUGAGGGUCUUUCCAACCAAAUAUUCUUCCACCAGCUGGGACUAUGCAGAAUUAUGCACCAAUCUUACUUUAAGGUGCAUGGAGGAACCAUGUCAGUCAUAUGGCAACACAAUAGAAAAUACAAAAGCAAUCAUCGAGGCCCUGAAGAACAUGAGCUGGAUAGUUAAAAGUGCUUUGGAAGUAGAGAUAACCCAGUAUCAUAAGGAUGUUCAGCUUCACAUCUCCACUGUUCUCCAACUCAACCUCUCCCCUCAAGGCACCGGAUCUUCCAGACUGACCAUCCUCCCAUUCCACCUCUCGGAGGUCAGAUAUGGUCUGAACUUACCCAUGUCACUGGCUUUCUCUUUAGUUCUCGCUGCCAUUUGUUUCUUAUAUCGAGAGCUUGCUGCUGUAAAGAAUCUCUGCGCCAUGAACUCAUCUUACUCUCCAGAUUGGAUGCGAAUUAUCAUAGGGCUCACAUCUGCAGCCACUGGAGCUCUGUAUUUCAUUAGGACUUGGCUAGUAAAGGAUGUGAUGACCCAAUAUCAUGCAAAUCCCUGGGCUUUCAUCAGCCUGUAUGAUGUCGCAGUUUUAUCACGAAUACAAGUUGCGCUGUCUGCCUCUCUUCUCUUUCUUAUCAUGUUGAAGGUUUCUCAACAAUUGCGCUUUGUACGGAGAUGGUCAAUUUUUGGGAAGACAUUUCAAAAGUUAAAGCGACAUCUUUUGGGAUGUGUAUUUUUUAUCACAAUUUUAUUCCUUGCUCUUAUUCACUGCGUGAGUGUGGUAUCCUAUGUGAAAGAACCUACAGUCUUUCUUCAUACUCUACGGCAUGGUUCUGGUCUUCAGUAUGUACUAAAGCGUUUCCCUUUGGUAGGAUUAUGUCUUGGAGUGGUCCUGUUUGUAGUCUUCAGAGGGUUUCUAUGUGGUUUAGUACUUAGUGUCCAUCGCAAUAUUCGAGCUGAAAACUACUGCUCAGCCUUGGAACCUCAAGACCAUGAGAUGAUUGAUUUUCUUGUCAAAAGGUUCAGAUUAUGGUUGGGAGUCAGCAAAGUAAAAGAGUAUCGUCACACAGUGAGAUUUGAAGGUUUGCAUUCUGGCUUAACGAGACCUUCCACGGCAUCUUUCCGCGGUCGAUCCAUGAGUGUUCUGUCAAAUCACGCCUCUACUUUCCAGCAUGAAGAUGUGGUAUCACCAACCAGCCCUAGACCUUUAUUUUCACCGGGUCUAGCUGUGGAACACCUCCCUACGGCAGUGAAUGACCUACUAGACAGGAUGGAUAAAGUAACUACCGUCCUUAGAGAAGUGUGCACCUUGGAGCGGAAACUGAAGCUCUGGCAAAUCAGACAACAGUCUUGCAAAGUUCCCAAUAAAGACGUAAUGUUAGUUCCAGAUAAUCCUAAACAACUUCCAUUGCCACGUACCUACAGUACUUUUUCAGAGUCUGCUCUCACCCGUCUAAAGUAUAAAGGACCUAUGUCAGAUAACUACUCCAGGGCUACUCCAGAAAGUGCAGGCUUACUAGUCGCCCCUGGUUCUGCCGGUAAGUUCAAGACCCUCCUGUCCAUGAGAAGACCUCACAGUGAAGAAAGAUCGGGUGUUCGGAAACUAAAUGAAGUUGUGGUUCAGCCCAUCCCCCAGAAACGUAGAGCCUGGGACUCCGAGAAGCCUGGAGAUGCUGUGUGAUAGAAAAUAUUGUCUAUGUAAGAAUCUUAAAGGGGUUAUUCCAUGAUUUAUUAUUCUGUUAAUGAAAAAAUGAAAAUCAAGUUAUCAUAUAGUACUUGACAGUUUCUUUAUAACAAACGUAGAACCAACCCUGCACCUCACAUGGAUCCAGAGAUCUCCUCAUUCAUUGCACCAAUUACUCUGCUAUAUUUACAGGCAUGUCCUUUCUACUGCAGAUGGUGGCAGCUGAAGGAUGGAACCAAGCAUGUGCUUCUAUCUCAGUGAGCAAGACGCAGAAAUUAGAGAAUGAAUAAAAC